GAUGUUCUCGUUCCCUUACGUCUCUCCCAUGGCUCAGCACCACAGCCUUCCUGUUGGAGUAACGCGGUUUCUGUGAGAUUCUCUUUCUGAGAUCCGAAAGCUUUUUAUUUCGUUUUUCCCCCCCUUGCCAACUCGGAAGAAUUUUCAAUUCCAUUCCAAUCCAUCUUUUUCAUGCUUCUUCUUUCACACCUUGUGCUGCUGCACGACCAACUAAGGAAUCUCAUUCUGCUUUUAAACCCCAAGUAUUUCCCAGUAUUUUAUGUUCUUUUUCUAGCGCGUUAGACAUCAUCGCCAUAGCGGAUCCUUCAUGAUUAGUUUUUCCCGCUAAUUUUAGCUCCGUGUUAGAAUAAAUCAGACUCUAACGUGAUCUGCCACCGGGGGUUCUCCAGUUACAUCUUGAGACUUCCACUGAAUUGUCCUGGUUUAGCUGUAUUGUAGUUGUUUCGCCUUCCAAGUUCUUUGGUUUAAAUAUACUGGUAUUACAGUAUAUUUUCCGUUGUUUCAACUGUGGUUGCUAUUGAAGCCGCCAAACAGUGCCCAAUUCCUGUUCUUGUUUGUCUUCCUGUUUAGUGGCAACUCUCUUACAAUUAGUUUUCUUUUCUUGCCAUUUUAUAGCGUGUUUGGACUUUCUACGUUGCAUUUGAUGAGUCCGUUAUGAUCCGGUUGUUGUAGCUCGACUUUACCGUUACUGGGGGAUUAUCACUUUUUCCUGGUUGUUGAACGGGAAGCGGGGGUUUGGUGAUUUGGAUUUUUGAGUUGAGAGAGCGCUGUUGGGCGCACCUAUUGACAUAUAUAUAUUUGACUGUUUUAUGCUUAGUUACUACGAUGCUGCCUGAUCAAAGAAGAAAGUCCUCUGUGGAUGUAGAUUUCUUCACAGAAUAUGGUGAAGGCAGCAGAUACAGAAUAGAAGAAGUAAUUGGUAAAGGAAGCUAUGGUGUCGUUUGCUCUGCAUAUGAUACACACACUGGAGAAAAAGUUGCAAUAAAGAAGAUCAAUGAUAUAUUUGAACAUGUAUCUGAUGCCACCCGCAUUCUUCGUGAGAUUAAGCUUCUUAGACUCUUACGUCACCCAGACAUUGUGGAGAUCAAACAUAUAUUGUUACCUCCCUCUAGGAGGGAAUUCAAAGAUAUAUACGUUGUUUUUGAGCUCAUGGAAUCUGAUCUACAUCAGGUCAUUAAAGCAAAUGAUGAUUUGACUCCAGAGCAUUACCAAUUUUUUCUCUAUCAGCUUCUUCGAGGCUUGAAGUACAUCCAUACAGCUAAUGUUUUUCACCGAGAUCUAAAGCCAAAAAACAUUUUAGCAAAUGCUGACUGUAAACUUAAGAUCUGUGACUUUGGACUUGCCAGAGUAACUUUUAAUGAUACGCCAACUGCCAUAUUCUGGACUGAUUAUGUCGCAACAAGAUGGUAUAGGGCUCCUGAAUUGUGUGGAUCCUUCUUCUCCAAGUAUACACCAGCCAUAGAUAUUUGGAGUAUUGGCUGUAUAUUUGCAGAACUUUUGACUGGAAAACCUCUUUUCCCGGGGAAGAAUGUUGUCCAUCAACUAGACCUUAUGACUGAUCUUCUUGGAACACCAUCUCCUGAAGCCAUUGCUAGGGUAAGAAAUGAGAAAGCUCGGAGAUAUUUGAGUAGCAUGCGAAAGAAGAAGCCAGUUCCUUUGUCCCAGAAGUUUCCUAAUGCAGAUCCCCUGGCUCUUCGUUUGUUAGAAAGAAUGCUAGCAUUUGAGCCCAAGGAUCGACCAACAGCUGAAGAGGCUUUAGCAGACCCAUAUUUUAAAGGCUUGGCCAAAGUUGAAAGGGAGCCUUUUGCUCAGCCUGUUAGCAAGAUGGAAUUUGAAUUUGAGAGGCGUAGAAUUACAAAGGAAGAUGUACGGGAGCUCAUAUAUCGAGAGAUUUUGGAGUACCAUCCAAAGAUGCUGAAGGAAUAUUUAGAGGGAGCAGAGCCAACUAAUUUCAUGUAUCCAAGCGCUGUGGACCACUUCAAGAAGCAAUUUGCAUAUCUUGAGGAGCACUACGGUAAAGGUGGAACAGUUGCCCCACCUGAGAGGCAACAUGCAUCAUUGCCCAGACCAUGUGUGUUAUAUUCAGAUAACUCAAUACAGGAUACAGCUGAGGUUGCAGACAAUCUCUCCAAGUGUAGCAUCAAGGAAAUGGGGAAGCCACCCAUAGAUAGGAGCAGUGGUGCUCCAGUGACUCGGCUUGCUCAAAAUGUUCAAGGUAUUGCUGCAAGGCCUGGGAAAGUUGUUGGUUCUGUAUUGCUAUACAACAAUUGUGGGGUAGUGGCAACAGCGGAGGCUCUUGAACAACGGAGGGUAACCAGAAACCCCUCUGUUCCAGCCCAAUAUGCUGCUUCAAGUUGUUCAUAUCCUAGAAGAAACCCAAGCUGUAAAAGUGAGAGGGCAGAAGAUGUUGGGAUCGAAACUUCUAGUGGAAUGCAGCCAAAGCCUCAGUAUAUGGCAAGAAAAGUUGCUGCUGCUCAAACUGGAGCUGGUGAUCGUUGGUAUUGAUUCUGGGUAUGUUGAAUAUGUGGCCAACCUCUGCCUUGUGCCAUGCAACUCUGAUGUCUGGAUUCAUGUCCUGCACCUAAUCCAAGGUUGAUCAUCUAAAUUCAAAUUUAGGUGGAAUGAUCUUAAUCCUGCAUGCUAUCAUCAACUGGAGAGCUGAAGAGACUGAAGUCUGAAGAUUUCGGCUGCCGCUUCCUUACAUCUUGCAAUCCGCACCACCAAUUUAAAGUUUUGAAGGGGUUCACGGGGUUUGUUUGAUGAUUUUCUAGCAUUUUCGAUCCAUUUAUAAUACGACAUGAAAGAUACUAAAAGCCAUGAAAUUGAGGCAGAUCAACUGCUGCCUACAAAACCGAGCUGUUCUCCUCAUUGCAGAAUUGACGUGGAUACUUUUGCCCUUGUACCUUGGGCCAUAGCAAAGCAAUGAUACUGUAUUUUUUUUCCCCCUGUUCCACAGGUCUGCUUGCAGUUCAAAUAAUUAAUUCUUUCCCUUUAAAGUGUACCAUGGCUUGUUAGAAACUGGUUCUGUUGGUGGCAAAGAAGCAAAUUUGAUACAA